AUGAGCGAAGCUAAGUCUGGUCUUGUUCGGGAUGGGACCAUGCAAGUAACUGCUAAGGAGGGUAUUGAGUACUUAAAAUCACAAGGGAAAGAAACACUACUCAAAGUACAAGGACUUGCUGACGAUAAGGCAUCGGCCCAGGGGCAGGACACAAAUGAUUCAGCAGCCACGGCACGUGAUGAGGAAAAUGGCAAGAAGGCAGAUGAUGCUACAGUUGAGAAGAAAGAAGAACCGCCAGCUAAGAAAACAAAGCUAGCCAAGGACAACACAAUGGCUGCAACGGCUAAGGAAGGAAAGACCCUUCUGGCAGGAGAGAAACUUGGCGAUACUAGACAAGAAACUGCCACACAGAAAAGUAGGAAGGCCCCUUUAAAGAAAAACUCUACAAUAGCCAAGACUGUGGAAGAAGCUAAAUUUGUUCUUGACGGCGAUGUUGAUGUGAAUUCUGGUCGCAAGACUCGCUCCCAAAGCAGAGGUGAUGCUCCAAAACCAGCAGUUAAAAAAGCAGGAACCAUGCAGAAAACAGCUAAGGAAGGCAAAGAGUUUCUCAGCCGAAACAAAGGCAAAAAGGGGAAAGCAGCAGCAGAAACAGCAGCAGCAGUUGAAGAAGAUCCAGAGGGAGAGAAAAGUGACAGCUAG